CAAGAGGGCCCUAUGAUGAUUCUGAGGAGUGUGCACUUGGGAAGUUUGAGCAGAUAAGUUUCUAAAGCUUGGUGCUGUCUCUGGAUUUUAUGUUCUUGUUUUCCAUUCAAGACAGUGGUUGUUAGCUCACAAUAGGAUAAAUAACUAAUCUGUUUGUUGUUUGUUUAGGAAGGAAGUGGUCUGGUCUGUUCUUUUUGCUGUGUUAAAUAGCAGUUCAUGUGGAGUAGCAGUACACUUUGUAUUAUUUUUGUUUGUUUUGAAUAAUUUCAAGACUACAGUAACUCUAACAUCUUACGUAUCAAAAUAAUUCCCUUUUUAUUCCUUUGUUAUAUUUAGGCAUCUGCCUAAAAUACAAUUUUCAGGCGUUUCAAAAAGAAUUAGCCUACUUUUUAUGUGCAUUGAGUAUAGAAAGUAGUUUGAAAGUUGGCGUCCUGGUGUUUGAAGUAUCUGUGUGUGAGUGUAAAAGCUGGUAUGCCCGUGCCUACGGCUGUUCCGGAGCCCCAUGCCACCCGCAGGCUGGCACUGGACUGUAGAAGCCUGCUGGACCAUCGCCAGGCUGGUGGUGUGUGUGGUUGUUGCUGUGGGGCUUUCAGGCCCCGAUACAAGAGACUCGUGGACAACAUUUUCCCCGAAGAUCCAGAGGAUGGCCUGGUGAAGGCCAAUAUGGAGAAGCUGACAUUCUAUGCUUUGUCAGCCCCAGAGAAACUGGACCGAAUAGGAGCUUACCUGUCUGAGAGACUGUCCCGCGAUGUAGCUAGACACAGAUAUGGAUAUGUGUGCAUUGCUAUGGAGGCUCUGGACCAGCUACUGAUGGCGUGUCACUGUCAGAGCAUUAACCUGUUUGUGGAGAGUUUCCUGAAGAUGGUGCGCAAAUUACUGGAGUCUGACAAGCCCAACCUGCAGAUACUGGGGACCAACUCUUUUGUGAAGUUUGCCAACAUCGAGGAAGACACUCCCUCAUAUCACCGUAGUUACGAUUUCUUUGUGUCACGAUUUAGUGAGAUGUGCCACUCCAGCUUUGAGGAUCCAGACGUCCGCACCAAGAUCCGUAUGGCUGGUAUAAAAGGACUACAGGGUGUAGUGAGGAAGACGGUCAACGAUGAACUGCAGGCUAAUAUCUGGGACCCUCAGCACAUGGAUAAAAUUGUUCCCUCGCUGCUCUUCAACCUGCAAUCUGGAGAAGGCACAGAGAGCCGCUCUCCCUCCCCGCUGCAGGCCAGCGAGAAGGAGAAGGAAAGUCCAGCUGAGCUCACAGAGCGCUGUUUUCGGGAGCUGCUCGGCCGUGCUGCCUAUGGCAACAUCAAGAAUGCUGUCACCCCAGUGCUUAUGCACCUUGAUAAUCACUGUCUGUGGGAGGGAAAAUCAUUUGCAGUGCGCUGCUUUAAGAUCAUCAUGUAUUCUAUUCAGUCACAGCACUCUCACCUAGUUAUCCAGCAGCUCUUGGGUCACCUGGAUGCUAACAGUAAGACAUCAGCCACAGUGCGUGCUGGGAUAGUGGAAGUUCUCUUGGAGGCGGCUGCUAUAGCAGCAAGCGGCUCUGUUGGCCCCACUGUGCUGGAGGUGUUUAACACACUGCUCAGGCAGCUGAAGCUCAGUGUGGACUACGCGCUCACCGGUUCUUAUGACUGCACUACCAUGGGCACCAGGACCAUCAAAGAGCAUGAAGAGAGGCAGCUCCAGGAAGCUGUCAUCAAGACCAUAGGGUCCUUUGCCAACACUCUGCCUACGUACCAGCGCUCGGAGGUCAUGCUCUUCAUUAUGGGGAAGAUUCCGAUUCCAGGCAUGCACCUAAUGCCACCACCCUCAGGCUCUGGGUCUGAAACUGACAGGAUGAUCCAAGUCAUGCUGUUGAAAUCUCUGAGACAGGUGACGAGUGGCUUCCAGAGCACAAACAUGUUGACUGCUCUACCCAGCUCAUUCCUGGACCCACUGCUGUCCUUCGCCCUACUGGAGGACGCACACAUCCGCCUGCUUGUCCUUGAAAUCCUUGUCAGCCUCAUUGAUCGCCAUGACAACCUCCCCAAGUUCUCCACCAUCAGCAUCAUCCCAGACAUUUCUGUGCUCAAACUCAAAAUGGAGAAGUGCUCCCGUCAAGACAACCUCUUCAUGAAGAAGCAUGCUCAGCAGCUGUACAGGCACAUCUACCUGUCGUGUAAGGAGCAGAGCAGUGUGCAGCCACACUUUGAGAUGCUCUACUCACUCCUCGCUCUCAUCAGCAUGGAGCUUGCAAACGAAGAGGUGGUGGUGGACCUUAUCCGCCUGGCUCUGGCCCUGCAGGAUUUGGCUCUUGCCAGUGAGGAGACAUUGCGUGUGUACAACCGCUGUGCUGUACACGCCCUCUCCGCUGCCUACCUCAACCUCAUCUGCCAACUCACCACUGUGCCCACCUUCUGCCAGCACGUCCAUGAGGUGAUAGAGAUGAGGCAAAAGAAGUCCCCGUUUCUCUUGCCUGAGGAUGUCUUCAUUGAAAAUCCUAAGAUCCCUGAAAUCCUGGAGAAGCCAGAAGCAGAAAUAUUGUUCCAGCAGGCUAAAAUCACCGAAGUGCUGGGAGGCAGUGGCUAUAACACGGAGAGACUGACCACACCUUAUAUACCUCAGUUUACAGAUGAAGACCGGCUGUCAAAGAGAAAGAGUGUUGGAGAAACAAUCUCCCUGCAGGUGGAGGUGGAGUCCAGAAACAGUCCUGAGAAAGAGGAGAGAACACCAGCUGAGGAAAUCACAUUUGAGGCGCUUAAGAAUGCCAUAGUGGACAGUGUGGGGAUGGAGGAGCAGGAGAGAGAGCGGAGGAGACAGGUGGUGGAGAAGUUCCAAAAGGCUCCAUUUGAGGAGAUAGCUGCCCAUUGUGGUGCCAGAGCUACAAUGCUGCAGAGCAAACUCAGUCAAAUCUUCGAAAUCACAAUCAGGCCCCCACCAAGUCCAUCUGGGACCAUCACAGCAGGCUAUGGUCAAACACAGAGUCGCUCUGUUCCAGUAUAUGAGAUGAAAUUUCCAGACCUGUGUGUUUACUAG